AUGCAACCAAAUCACUAUCCGCUAGGUCAGGUGCGUGAGCCUAGAGCCGCAAGUCGGAUGACGGAUGGCCAUCAGCCGCAAGAUAACGGUCAGCCCCAGUCAUCUGGUGCGGCGCCCAUGAGAUCAGAGGAUUCCUGGAUUGACGUAUCCUCGCAACCAUCCUCUUCUUCUUUCUCCUCUGCUGCCACGAAUGAAGAUAUAAUCACUACCGGCUUGCAGGUCGAAAUUGGAGAAGCAGGAGUGUACCAUCGCCGCAAUAGGCGACGUCGUCUUCAACACCUUGCUGCUAUCACCACAGCCCAGGUGGACUAUGCAUCGCGGGAUGUCAGUCAAGCCAGUAGCAGCCAAGAGGAAUAUGACGAGAGCGAAAGCGAGUCUGAUCGCGUUCUCAGCAGCUCGAAUGAAGAUAUAACCUGCCCAACGCUCCCACCUGCAUUAUCUGCACGCGCUGCACGGCCCUCAGGUUCAGAUGCUGCCUCCAGCGAUGAUGAAGAUGAUACUUCUACUGCUUUAGGGAUGGGAAUCAACCCAUCACCUUUCGUACCCCAACCAAACAUAUUCACACACCCACCAGCAGCAUCAGAACCUGGAUGGACUGCACGACGUACUCAACCUAGUGUACCGUCUACUCGUGCAACCCCUCGAAGGGAUUCUUAUCCUAGUCCACGAUCAUCGCGCAGAACUCAAUACCAACACAGCCCUUACAACAUGAUCUCCCCUUCCCAUCAUACCGACCACGAUGCAGCUCUUCGUGCCAGCCUAUCAACACUUCUUUCAUGUGCCGCUGCCGCUAGAGGCCUUCCCAAGAAUGACAAUAGGCCAUCACCUACCCCAGCUGCACCCUCUGGAGGCGGACACCCCGCUUUAUUCCGACUAGUAGGUGCAUCGGUCGCUAUGGGAGAGGAGAGCAGCGAUGAAGAGACCACGUCGUCGCCGCAGUAUCCAGAAACAAGUCCGUCUAUAGGGGCACCGCAGAGGAACCUAAGAGCUCCGUCGGUGUCAUCUGACCCAUCUGCCGCCAAAGCAAAGCGCCGUUCAAGUUCUCCUAAAGACCGCGGUGCUGCAUCGAAGAAGAGCCGUCGCGUAAGCAUGACAGAUUCAGCAACGACUGUCAGCCCCACGAUCAUGACAUGGGUCAUCAGCGCCGGGGUUGUCGUUCUAUUCUCUGCAAUCAGUUUUUCCGCCGGGUAUAUGAUCGGCCGUGAGGUCGGGCGAGUUGAGGUGGGGAUGAUGGGAGAUGGUGUUCCUGGCCCUCGCCCCUCAACAGGAUGUGGCCAGGAAGCGGUCCGUGGCGGACUCCGAAAACUGCGCUGGGGAUCUGCGGCUGCAGGAUCUGCUAGUCUUGCAUCAAUGUAA